AUGAACACUGCUGGCGGGGUGUGUCUGUCUGUGCUGUCAUCUCUCUUGGCCGUGGCUGGGGCUCUGGCUGCUGUGUAUGCCCUUGCACUCGCUCCCCUCUCCGCGCUAGCAGAGGUGGCUAACGGGCCCACCAGCGGCGUCCCAAGUGGCGGAGCAGAGGGACCCUCGCUGCCCCUCACUUCGCCAUGCUCCAGCUUGGUCACUGGGGAAUGCUUGAGGACAGGACACAAUGGGGACCAGGAAGUGUCGGACGGCGAUGGCUGUGGGAUGAGUCAAACCGGGUGCAUUUGUCCCAAUCAUAACAUCAUGGCCCCAGCAGUUCCUCUGCUCCCGGAGACUCCUCAUACCUUCAGUAAUGGAUCUAUGGUUCCUGAUGACUGCUGUGUCACAGAGCUGCACUCCAAUGACGCCAUCGCAAUAGCCCCGAGAGACGUUCGACAAGUGUGCUUCAUGAUGGAGGAUUAA